GGAAGCAGCGCGCGGCGGCGGCGAUGGCAGCGGCCGGGGCGCGGGGGCGCGGGGAGCCGGUGGAGCCGGGCGCACCGGGCCGCCGGGCCCUGUACUUCUGCGGGAGCAUCCGUGGCGGACGCGAGGACCGGGCUUUGUACGCGCGGAUCGUAUCCCGGCUGCGGCGCUUCGGGGCAGUGCUCACCGAGCACAUGGCGGCGGCCGAGCUAGGCGCGCGUGGAGAAGAGGCUGCUGGGGGCGACAGGCUCAUCCAUGAGCGAGACUUGGCCUGGCUGCAGCAGGCAGAUGUGGUCGUGGCUGAAGUGACACAGCCAUCCUUGGGUGUAGGCUAUGAGCUGGGCCGGGCUGUGGCCCUCAAUAAGCAAAUCCUGUGCCUGUUUCGCCCACAGUCUGGCCGAGUGCUUUCAGCCAUGAUCCGGGGAGCAGCAGACGGCUCAAGGUUCCAGGUGUGGGACUAUGAAGAGGGAGAGGUGGAAGCCAUUCUGGAUCGAUACUUUGAGACUGAUCCUCCUGAGCAGGUGGCUGUCUCUGAUGACCCAACUGCCUGACUUAAGCCCACUUUACUAAAACCUUCUGACUGAAACUGCUGUAGUUAUCAUUCCUGCCUUUAGCCCAGUAGCAAAUUAAAAGAAUUGUUUAAAAUUC